CUACAAUUCUUCCUUCUUUUCAUUUUUUUUUUUCAAAAAUUUUAAUAACCUUUUCCCUUGGCCUCUCAUAGUACAAGUACCAGAUCUACUAAUAAACAUUACCUCCAAUCAUUUCAUACACCAAACAACAACUCCACCACAUUCCACACUCCCUACUCACUACUUGGAAGUACCCCAAAACGUCAUGUAAAUGGCUCCAACAAUCCUCCUCCUCGGGUUUAUCCUAACAUUCUCUUCAACAAUCCACCCAAACACCGCCCUCUCAUUCAAAGAAGCCCCAAAAUUCUACAACUCACCAAACUGCUUAGGCCAAGAUGACCCAAUCCACAUUGCCAUGACCCUAGACUCCACUUACCUCCGUGGCUCAAUGGCCGCCAUCUUAUCCAUCCUACACCACUCCACGUGUCCCGACAACCUCCGAUUCCACUUCAUCUCAGCCUCCUCAAUCACAACCAACCGCGAUCUUAACCGUACAAUCGCAACCUCGUUUCCGUACCUUACAUAUUACAUGUACUCAUUAAAUGAUUCCACAGUUUCUGGUCUUAUUUCUACGUCUAUACGUUCUUCUCUUGAUUGUCCCUUAAAUUAUGCUAGAAAUUAUUUAAGUACUCUGUUGCCAAACACAGUGAGAAAAGUAGUGUAUCUUGAUAAUGAUGUUGUGUUGGUGGAUGAUAUUGCUAAACUUGCGGCUACUGAACUUGGUGAGGAAGCCGUGUUAGCUGCGCCUCAAUAUUGUAACGCUAACUUUAAAAAUUAUUUCACGCCUUCUUUUUGGGCUAAUCCUGCUUUAUCUAUGACAUUUGAAGGAAGAAAUGCUUGCUACUUUAAUACCGGUGUAAUGGUGAUUGAUUUAGAGAGGUGGAGAAAAGGAGACUUCACAACAAAAAUAACAGAAUGGAUGGAAUUACAAAAGAGGAUGAGAAUUUAUGAGUUGGGGUCUUUGCCACCCUUUUUGUUGGUAUUUGCAGGAAAAAUAGCACCCGUUGAUCAUCGUUGGAAUCAACAUGGGCUUGGUGGUGAUAAUUUUAAUGGGCUUUGUAGGGAUCUACAUCCAGGCCCAGUUAGUCUUUUGCAUUGGAGUGGUAAGGGUAAACCUUGGGCCCGUCUUGAUGCUGGUCGACCUUGUCCAUUGGACUCUCUUUGGGCCCCAUUUGAUUUAUUACAGACUACUUCUUCACUUGAUUCCUGAUAUAUAUUGUACAUUCUAUCAUCUACACCCUACAAGUAGGAUGUUAGGAUGCAUAUAUAUAGCCUUAUAGAAAGAACCAUGUAUGUAUCUAAAUUUUGCUAUUUCCACAAGAUUACGACCAUUUUCACAUGUAAUAUACCAAGUUAAACUUGGUUUGUAGUCAUAUGAUCCAUCUUAAUAGCAAAGGGGUUCUUUGGGAUGCGUAUCCUAACUCCGGAAAGCCAUUAUUAAAGUCUACUAUGAACCCAUAUCAACUGAUAAGCACUUGCUAUAUAUAAUUAUAUAUACAAAAUAUUAUUGUAGUUACUCAAUUGUGACUUUGAUUAUCAUCCAACUUGUAGAUAACAAGGUAUCAAUGCUUUAAUAAAGGGCAAAUAUUUUUUUUUUUUUU